AUGGCAGAAGUUGUACCAGCUCGGACAAGCCUAACAUCUCCUCCACCCACCCGAAAACGAUCGGCAUCGCCGGAAGAAGAUGUCGCCACAGACUCGACGACUACAGCGCUGACGAAGACCUCCGAACCUCCGGCAAAGAAAACCAAAAUGAUCCGACGCAAACGCCGCCCUGCACGCCCUCAGGUCGAUCCCGCAACCGUCAAAUCCACGCCUCCGCCGCAGACAGGCACGGUCUUCAACAUCUGGUACAACAAAUGGUCUGGAGGGGACAGGGAAGAUGCAUACCUCUCAAAAACUGCGGCACCUUCGCGCUGCAACAUCCGGAACGAUUCAGGAUGGACCGCCGCAGAUAAAACGCCAGGAAGCUUUUUCUGUCUGUUCUUCGCUCGAGGACUAUGUCCCAAGGGCCACGAGUGCCAAUAUCUCCACCGUCUGCCGGGCGUUUUUGACGUGUUUAAUCCCAACGUGGAUUGCUUUGGUCGUGACAAGCACAGCGACUACCGCGAUGACAUGGGCGGCGUGGGCAGUUUCAUGAGACAGAAUCGAACACUUUACGUCGGCCGGAUCCAUGUUACAGACGACAUCGAGGAAGUGGUGGCGCGGCAUUUCCAAGAAUGGGGCGAGAUCGAGCGCAUACGGGUUCUCACGGGUCGAGGCGUUGCGUUUGUCACGUACGUGAACGAGGCCAAUUCCCAAUUCGCGAAGGAGGCCAUGGCGCAUCAGGCGCUGGAUCACAAUGAGAUUCUCAACGUGCGGUGGGCGACGGUGGAUCCGAACCCGUUGAGCGCGAAGCGAGAAGCCGCAAGGAUUGAAGAGCAGGCUGCAGAAGCAGUCCGGAGAGCAUUGGGUGAUCGGGCAACCAGGGAAAUUGAAGGCAGAGAGACGCAAGAGGAGCGAGAGCAGAGGAGGAUCGAAUCUGGAUAUGGCCUUGAAGGUUACGAGGCUCCAGAGGAGAUCUGGUUUAAUCAGCAGAAAGAGCUGGAGGGGCAGAGGAUGGGCGAGAGAGGAUUGCUUGAGGCUCCGGUGUCCGCUCAGGAAUCUGCACCGGAAGCUGCUUCUGAUGCGCCUAAGGCGACGGAUGAGGCUAAUAGAGAGGAGAAAGGGAUAUUGACGGGCUCAACAUUAUCUGCGUUGAAAGGGUAUACAUCGAGUGCGAGACCGUCGCAGAGUUCCAAACCAGCUCCAUCAACUGGGCCGCUAGUUGCGUACGAUAGUGACGAUGAAAGUGAUUGA